AUGUUCUUUGAUAACAUCACUUGUACUUCUGACGAUCCGAAUGGUUUUUUAAAUAUUUUAUCCUGCUAUUUGAGUAAAAGUGUAAAGCGACGAACAUUUUCCAUAGAGUUGCAGUUUAAAAAAGAUUUACGGCACUUUUUGCUGAAUAUGUGUGUCGUUUUACCGCGUAAAAAUGGUAAUGAUUUUGUGCUUUUCAAUUUGACAAAUAUCGAUGGAUGCAGCUUACUAUCGAAUAAAAAUCAGGCAACUUUUAUCAAAUUAGGACGAUCAACAUUAAAUCGGUUUGGAAAUAUUCCGCACAAAUGUCCUUUCCAAAAGGAUGUGCUAUAUUAUAUACGUGGUUUUCGAACCGACAUGAAUUUAUUUCCAGCUUUUACUUUCGAAGCUGAAAUGCUGUUAUGGUUUGAUUUUAUAGUGGAUCAUAAAAAAAUUAUUAAAGGAUUUCUGCGUAGUUUUGUUACGAUGAAAAGGAAUAAAAAUAUUAAACCAAAUUAA